AUGAGCCUCACCAAUCGUAUCGUUGACUAUAUCUGCUAUGCUCAUGGGCUUUGCGCGUAUUUCACAAACUCGAUGCUCCUCUACCUGAUACUGAAUUAUUCAAGGCCGGAGCUGGGCACCUACAAAUACCUCAUGCUCUCAUUCACUUGCUGUAAUAUCAUUUUCCCGACAGUGCAUAUGCUCGCAAUGCCGCAUUUAAUGUUGAACAAACGGGCGUUUGUCUUCUUCCCGGAAGGGGUGUUAAUGAAAUGGCCGGUGGUCCUUGCCGUCGUCAUGCUCCAUUUUGUCUACCGCUACCUAGCUGUCAUCAGACCGACACUACUACGAUAUUUCACCCGCGAAGGAGUCGCAUAUCUCGUUCUUUUUGUCGCAUGCAAUGGACUCGUUUGGGGCAGCUCCUUCCACUGUUCCAGCUAUCACAUUAACAAUCAUAGGGACUACUUCCGAGAUCACGUCGAAAAAGAUUACGAAAUGUCGGUUGAUAAUCUACCGAUGCUUGGCCUUAUGUUUAUCGUGAGUGCAUCG